UGUGAGUGAGGUGUGCCACGCGUGUUGUCUGUCUGGGGUGUUUCUCCUGAUACACACACACACCCAGCACCGCACCACACCUAGUGUUGUGUGGUGGUCCUUCAUCUGUGAUCUACAGUGUAAGCUUCCGUGUGUAACGAUGUACUGUAUGUGAAUCUAAUUGAAAAGGCGAAUGUUUCUGUUUGAGACAGCCAGUCAUAGUGAGUGUAUGUCUUCCAUUAAGAUCUGAGAGAGGGAAGCUUUUCGAUAUAUAGAUAUAUAGUGAUAUUUAAGAGUGUAAAAUUUCAUAAAGCAACCAAGGGAUGAAUCAAAAGUACCAGUGAAAGAACUAUGGAAGAAAAUGAGUGAACCCUUAUCACCAGUAGUGGUGUAAUAUAAGGCUGACCUACACACUACGGUCCACUGAAGGGAAUCAUUCACUCAUUAUCACACGUAUGGUGUCAUUAGUGAUGCUGGAACUAAUGAGGCGUGGAGGCCGUGCUAAUUAUCCUCGUGUAAACACCGAACAACGAAACUAUCAACCCCCAUCAUUAUAGUUAUAUUACGAUAACUUUGAUGUACAAACGACCUAGUAAAUAGAAUCAAACUUUUUUAUAAUCUGUAAAAAUAUAAAAAUCAAGAAAGUAGAAUAUAGUCAUUUUUCUAUACACAGUGACACGAUACAGUGAUUCUCUUGUUAUCAUUACAAAGGAUAAUUUGUAUAGAAAAUUAUGAAUACAUAAAAUAAUUAAAAAAGCCGAAUAAAAUAUUAGUCUUUGAAAAGUGACCCAGAAAAAUGAGUUAAAACCUCUUUUUAAGGAGUGUAGAGGGACAUUAAAUGAUUCAUAUACUAUCAAGAAAAGUACUUCUAUUUUUACCAUUUGUGAAAUAUAAUAUAAAAUAAUUUAGCCAAGUACAUGACCAGAAUGAUGUACCCACUGUAACAUUACACAGUGGAAAAUAGUAAACAGAAACGUAAAUACACAAACGUCUUGGAAGAGGGACUCAGUUCAUCUCACCAAUAACAUGUGAUAUAUAUAAUAACUCACCAAACAAGAGGAAAGUGAACAAAACAAUUCCAUCUUUAAAAAAAGUAAGAUAUACAAAACUUAUCAUCUCCACAAUAUUCUGGACACGAUUCCUUACCAUUUUCAGAUAGAUGAAUGAAUGUUAUUUACAUACCAACCCAAUAAAUUAAUUCAUGCGUGGAGAGCAAAGUGUGAUGAAUUUUUUUUUUAUACACAACUCUGAAAGUGUGACGAAGGUGACUCUUAUCACUCGCCGGAGGUAAUAUUUGAUGAUUUUCAAAAAGUAUUCAAAUUACCUUUCCUGGAGAGUCUCGGGUGAUAUAUCCCCUGUGCAAGACGUGCCAGAGAGGAAAAUAGAAUCUUACCAUCUCCCAGAAAUAACACAAGAUAAAAUAUUUUGAUAUAUCGAAGAAAAAAAAGUGAAUCGAACAUUUGCAUUUAUAGAUAACAUAUGGUCUUAUCUUCGCCGAUAGAAGGUAAAGCCAGUUAUUGGAAACUAGUGAGGAAAAUACAUCACAUCUUAUCACCUUAGAAUUAGUAAUUUUGAUGAACAUGACAACACGGGAUAGUGAACUACUUCGUAUUAUCACCCGUAUAAGGUCCUUCAACCCCCUAAAACUUUGAAACUAAAGAGAAGAGAAAAACAGAAACUAACUAUUUUUAUCACCUGUGAACAAUAGCACAUCGGUAACUGUGUUGUACAUAAACAAGAACAGAGUAAAAUAUAUCGUGUGAAAAAUAGUAUGAAAUAAUUUAGUUACAUAUAGCGAUAAUAUGUACCACUUGUGAACCUACAGCAAACUUAUCAGUGAUUACUUUGGUGAAUACUUAUGAUCAUUAACUCAUUAAAUUUAUUAGUCUUGAAGCCACCGACAUAACUGGAUUAAAAGGUGUUUAUAACCGAAGGAAAAUAAGUGGGUUGUUACGUGGUACUUGACGUCCCCUGGUGGUGAGUGAUGCUCCUGUUCCUUCACGUCAAGUACAAGAUAAUGUUAUCAGAGCCACCAGGGAGAUACUGUUAACCCUUAUCACCCGUAGAGAGUAAUUAACAACAUUAAUGUGCGAGUGGAUACCAGUGUUGGUCUCAAGGGGGAAGGAAGCCCUGGAGGGUGGAGGGGUGGUAGUGAUGAGAAGAGGGGGGGCGUGGUGGUGGUGGUGGACCAGACUGGCCGUGGUGAUGGCGAUCAAGGCGAUAUGGUGUGGUGGCGAGACAUUGGAUAGUCCUCCUCGCCCCCGCCACCAGCUCUCCUCUCCCUCCCUCGCCAACGACAUACUCGCCCGUUAUCCUGGCCAGGACGACUACGUCAGCCCGACAAGAAUUGUGUGGGCAGCUGCAGGUGGGCCAGCCGAGCUACCCUGCAAUCUGACUGCACCGCUACCCAAGGAUGCCGCCCGUCUCGUUCUUUGGUACAAAACUGGUGUCCACAAGCCUAUUUACAGCUACGACAUGCGUCACGGGCCGGCCACACACUGGAAGAGCCCCGCACACCUGGGACUACGAGCCACCUUCGAGGCAGCAAGGAACGCCCUCAUCAUCCAGCGGGUGGAGUUGAGGGACGAGGGGACUUACCGCUGCAGGGUAGACUUCCGCACCAACCCUACACUGACCUUCACCUCCAACCUGUCUGUUGUGGUACCUCCUCACAACCUGGUGGUGUAUACUGACGAAGGUGCUGAGGUGAGGAGCUCUGUGGGUCCCUUUUUGGAGGGCGACACCAUCACCCUUCACUGUCGAGCUAUUGGGGGGUCACCGCCCCCAAGGGUCACCUGGUGGGAGGGGGCGGUGCUAUUAGACAUGACCUCGGAGGAGGAGACGUCAGAACACGUUACCAACACCCUCCUGGUGACCUCUCUCUCCAGACGUGACCUACACCGACCUUUGACCUGUCAGGCAGCUAACACCAACUUGACGGAGCCGCUUGAGACCACCGUCACCAUCAACAUGAACUUUCCGCCACUGUUGGUUCGUAUCCUAGGUGACCAAGGACCUCUGAGCGCUGGCCGACCCUACGACCUACUGUGUCAGGCCGUGGGAGCCAGACCCCCUGCUGUUAUUACCUGGAGUCUUGACGAUUCCAGCCUCACCACCCACACUGACCAGUCGUCGCAGGAAGGUAAUGUGACGACGAGUGAGUUAAGGUGGACGCCUAGUGUGAGGGACGCAGGAAAGAUGCUGACCUGCCGGGCUGACUCACCUGUGCUGAAUCCUGCUGGCCCCAUGGUCGACAAGUGGAGACUGGACAUAUAUUACGUGCCAGUCACCAAACUGCAGCCAGGACGAUCUUUGAACCUGAGUAAUAUUGAAGAAGGUGACGACGUAUACUUUGAGUGUUCCAUACAGUCGAACCCCUGGGUGUACAAGAUAGGCUGGCUACACGAGAGUAAGGAGCUGCAGCACAACGUCACGGCCGGGAUCAUCAUCAGUAACCAGAGUUUGGUGCUACAGAGGGUGGCAAGACGAGCCUCGGGAAACUACUACUGCGUCGCCUCCAACAUCGAGGGUGACGGACACUCUAACCCUAUCCUUCUCAGAGUCAAGUGUGAGUAUGAUAUUCUUUACGCUCAUCCGAAGCCUAUGGCGUUUAAAUGGACCUUUAACAACAGCGGUGAAAGUGUAGAUAUUCCCCAGACUCACAUCCUAGUCUCGGGUCCUCAGUCAAAGUCAACAGUGAGUUACACCCCAAAUACUGAGCUUGACUAUGGGACGUUGUUAUGCUGGGGAACAAACGCUGUGGGUACUCAACGCUACCCCUGUGUGUUCCAUGUGUUCCCUGCUGGUCGACCAGAUCCGGUACACAACUGCUCGUCCUAUAACCUAUCAGUGUCCGUGGUGAACGUCAGGUGUGUGUCGGGGUUCGACGGAGGCCUACCACAGACCUUCAUCCUGGAACUGUAUGAACCUCGCUCUAACAGACUCUUAGCUAACGUUACUAACAAGGUGCCUACGUUUACGGUGAUGGACCUAUCGCCAGGGCUGGCGUUUAUGGGGGUGAUUUACUCCACCAAUGAGAAGGGGCGCGGGGAGAUGGUGUCUCUCCAGGUGUACACCAUCAAGGACGCUGAGAGACGCACAGCGGCAAUCAAGCCCCCUCCCACCCACGGACAGUCAUCACCACCCUUCACUAUCAAGUCCAUUAUAGCCUUGGUGGUGGGUGUCGUGGGCGGCCUGAUGGUGUUGGUCGUGAUGGUGUGUGCGGUGGUGAGGCUGCGCUACGAGCGACGGGCGGAGGAGAGGGCCGAGUGUGGGCGGAGUGUGGGCGUGAGGGAGGCAGGAGGGUGUCUGGAGGAAGUGGGUGUGGCUACUCAAUCUACCAUGUCGGCCACCACCCUCCAGGACCUGCCCUCACCCCUCCCCCCAGUGACGAAAGAACCCUGA